UAUGUAAUCCUGGAGUGCGCUUCAUUUUCCUUUCAAAUGCAUCCAAAUAUGUGGCGACAUGGGUGGGCAGUACUCCACCCCAAGUUGCCUACUUUACUCAUUACAAAUAAACAACUCAAGAUAUUAUUAAAAAGGGGAGGGGAAAAAAUAUCACAAUACAUAAUGACCGUCAAAACUUGGAGUCUUCGUGGAUGGGUCCCCAGCCAGAAAUUUCUUAUUCAAGCAAAAUUUUGGAAGGGGAAAGCUAAUCUGUGUGGGACACAGCCCAGUUGCUUAUAACUCCCAGUGUCAAAUUUGUGCACGCUACAUUCAACUAUUUCUUUCAAUCUCACUCACUCCACCAGAUGUUUCUCUUCUUCAGUAGUCUAAAGAACAGCUCAACUCAGGCACAGCUUAACCACAACACAACUACAGGGAUGUGGAUGGGGGCAGCUUCAAUGGCAGGUUCAUGGGUAGCAGCUGGUCCAACAAUUGCAAGCUUCAUGUUUGUUUGGGCUAUGAUUCAACAAUAUUGCCCACAAGCAGUUCUUCGUUUCUUCAAGAAAUACUGGCGUAGACUCAUGAACUACUUCCAUCCUUACAUACAGAUCUCCAUCCAUGAAUUUGCUGGUGAACGUCUUAAACGUAGUGAAGCUUUCAUUGCAAUUGAAUCAUAUCUCAGCAAGAAUUCAUCCAAUACAGCCAAAAGACUCAAAGCUGAGAUAGGAAAAGACAGCACAAAUUUGGUGUUCAGUAUGGAUGAUCAUGAAAAAGUGACUGAUGAAUUUCAAGGAGUGAAAGUAUGGUGGGUUUUAAACAGAACAGGUUCAUCAACAAAUCCUGAUAAUUCGUAUCCCAAUCCUGAUAAGAGAUAUUAUACACUCACUUUCCACAAGAAUCACAGAAGUUUAAUUACGGAACCAUAUUUGAAGUAUGUGUUGAGUGAAGGGAAAGAAAUUAGAGUAAGAAACAGGCAAAGGAAGCUUUAUACCAAUGGUUCUGGUGGAAGAUGGAGUUACAGCCAUACUAUGUGGAGUCACAUAGUGUUUGAGCACCCUGCAACAUUUGACACCAUAGGAAUGGAAGCAAAGAAAAAGCAAGAGAUUAUAGAUGAUUUGCAGACCUUUACAAGCAGUAAGGAUUUUUAUGCUCGAAUUGGGAAGGCUUGGAAACGUGGGUAUCUUCUAUAUGGUCCACCAGGAACAGGGAAAUCAACUAUGAUUGCUGCAAUGGCAAAUCUACUGAACUACGAUAUUUAUGACUUGGAACUCACUGCAGUGAAAAACAACACAGAGCUUAGGAAACUUUUGAUUGAGACUACCAGCAAAUCGAUAAUCGUGAUUGAGGAUAUCGAUUGCUCGCUUGAUUUAACGGGGCAGAGGAAGAAGAAAGAAGAGAAGUUGAAGGAUGAUGAGAAAGAAAAACCUUCCAAAGAAUCUUCCCAUAAAGAAGAUGAGAGCAGUAGUAAAGUUACUUUGUCCGGAUUGUUGAAUUUCAUUGAUGGAAUAUGGUCAGCUUGUGGUGGGGAAAGGCUUAUUGUUUUCACUACUAAUUAUGUAGAGAAACUUGAUCCAGCACUUAUCAGAACUGGUCGGAUGGAUAAACAUAUUGAGCUUUCUUAUUGUAGUUUUGAGUCAUUUCUAGUGCUGGCGAAGAAUUACUUGAAUCUCGAAACUCAUCCAUUAUUUGAUCAGAUCAAAGAACUGAUUGAAGAUGUCAAUAUCACACCCGCUGAUGUUGCAGAGAACCUCAUGCCCAAGUCUCCAAAAGAUGACCUUGAGAAACGUAUUCACAAAUUAAUUCAAACUUUGCAACAGGCAAAGGAAGCAGCAAUAGUUGAGGAAUCUCAAGAAGCAAAUACAGCGGAAUCAACCACAACCUAUCUUCAGUCACAAACUGAAGGUGAACGCUCAUCUUCUAGUUCAAUUUAACACUUUCUGCAUAGUGCUUGUUAGGCUCGUAUUCUAGUAGAAUUUAGCACUUUCUCCUUAGUGCUUGUUGGGCUCAUCUACAAUUUGAAUUUAGCACUUCCUAAUUAUGGCUGAUAAUGAAAAUUUAUGCUACUGGAAAUAUUUUAGCUCUUCUGUCUAAAAAUGGUAUAGAAUUCUCUUAGUUAAUAAAAAUGUUCAAAUUGUUAGUUUAUAUUA